UGACAUUUCAAUAUUUUCGCGGAAACAUUUCGCGAGCAAAUAUACAUCCAUUUAAAUUGUCCAGCAUCCUCUUCGGCGCAAACAUGGCGAUGAUGAUCAGAAGCGGCUCUACAAGUGCGGCGCCUCUAUUGUCGCGUAUUUUUAGUGCACCUACGUGACAGCUGGCGACACGUUGGCCGCUCUUAUGUAUGCAAAUGCGAACAUUACGGUUCCUCUACGAUGAAUAAGUUUGUUAACGUUCGCUAAUUACCAUUGACGUUCGACACGUCGAUGAAUGUAUGUCGUCGAGCCGGCUUUCCGUUAUUUGUUUCCUACCACGAGAGUUUUUAGAUGUACACUUUGAGGAAGAUGAGGAUUGUACAGCUUAGGAGAAACCGCUUGUUCCACAUACUCAUUGGCAGUAUACUGGUGCUACUAGUUUUAUAUAUUCUCCUUCACUUCUCCUCGGACAAUCAUAUGAACAAUAUAAAAGAAUGGGCACAGGGUCUUAGAACGAAACAGGUACCAGUGUUUGUAGAUGGUUUAGGAAAUUUUGAGCUACACGAUGUAGCAGUUAAAUCUGGUCCUGGGGAAGGCGGUAAACCUCAUAUUUUAAGAGAUGAUCAAUUAAAUGAUGUUCAGCAAUCGGAAUCCGAUUAUGGAAUGAAUAUGGUAUGUUCUGAUGAAAUCUCAUUGUCAAGAUCAAUUCCAGAUACUAGGCCAGCAGAAUGCAAGCAUUGGAAUUAUCCAGAGGACUUACCACGUACUAGUGUGAUUAUAGUUUUUCAUAAUGAGGGUUGGUCUGUCUUACUGCGAACUAUUCAUAGUGUUAUAAAUCGUACUCCAUCAAAAUUCUUGGAGGAAAUCCUCCUUGUUGACGAUUUUUCUGAUAAAGAAAAUUUAAAGGGCGACCUAGAUUCCUACAUCGAACAAUGGGGAGGAAAAGUUAGAUUACUUCGAAACUAUGAAAGACAAGGUCUAAUACGAACGCGAUCUCGAGGAGCACGUGAAGCCAAGGGUGAAGUAAUAGUAUUUUUAGAUGCCCAUUGUGAAGUCAACGUAAAUUGGUUGCCACCACUUUUAGCACCAAUUGCUGAAAAUAGAAAUGUAAUGACAGUUCCUGUGAUAGACGGCGUUGAUCAUAAGACAUUCGAAUAUCGUCCUGUGUAUCAAGAAGGCCACUUGUACAGAGGAAUUUUCGAAUGGGGUAUGUUGUACAAGGAGAACGAAUUGCCUAGACGGGAAUCCAAAUCGCGUUCACACGAUAGUAUGCCAUACAGAUCACCUACACACGCCGGUGGUUUAUUCGCGAUAAAUCGACAAUACUUUUUAUCAUUGGGUGGAUACGACGAGGGACUGCUCGUCUGGGGAGGAGAAAACUUUGAAUUGUCAUUCAAGAUAUGGCAGUGUGGUGGGAGUAUUUUGUGGGUACCGUGCUCGCAUGUCGGACACGUUUACCGAGGAUUUAUGCCUUAUACGUUUGGCAAACUUGCUCAAAAGAAAAAGGGACCGUUGAUAACUAUCAAUUAUAAACGAGUUAUAGAAACAUGGUUCGACGAGAAACACAAGGCAUUUUUUUAUACCAGGGAACCAUUGGCUCGGUUGCUCGAUCACGGAGAUAUAUCCGAACAAUUAGCCUUUAAAGAACGAAAGAAAUGUAAAGAUUUCCAAUGGUAUAUGGAUAAUGUGGCAUAUGAUGUGCUGGACAAAUUUCCAGAAUUGCCGCCAAAUAUUCAUUGGGGAGAGUUGCGAAGUGUGGCAACUGGAUCGUGUUUGGAUACUAUGGGUCAUGCACCGCCAAGUCUUAUGGCUACUUCUCAUUGUCAUGGCUUUGGAAAUAAUCAGCUCAUAAGGUUGAAUAUAAAAGGUCAAUUGGGUAUCGGUGAAAGAUGCGUUGAAGCAGAUGGUCAAGGUAUAAAGUACGCAUUUUGUCGUCUAGGGACUGCAGAUGGUCCGUGGCAGUAUGACGAAAAAACAAAGACUCUGUUACACAGAGUACAUAAAAAGUGUAUGGCACUUCAUCCCCAAACUCAACAGUUAUCUCUAAUGCCGUGCGACAUAAACAAUACUUAUCAACAAUGGAAUUUUCAUCAAAUUCAUCCACGAUGAUGAUUCCAGUAUAGUUUAAAGAAUGUGUCCUUAUUUACUAAAUAAAAAAAGUAAUUGCCACUGCUAUAAAAAAAAAGAAAUGAUAAAUACAACAUUGCGAACAUAUUUGUCUCGAUAUGUUUCUUUUCAUUGACUAUCAUGAUGAUGACAUAUAAAUCUUGAAGGUCCUGAUGCAACUAUGCUCAUGAAUGUACUUAAUUAUAUAAUAAAAUUAAAUUUAGGAUUUACAAGUAAUAGACGUGAUUAUGCAGCUAAUUUAUAAUGCAGUAAUUUCUAAUACAGAUAAAUAUAUAUUUUAUUAUAUGCAAGAUGUACUUAAUACUUACUAUUAGUUAUAUACUUGGCCCCAAUGCCACGUUGUACGAGAUUAUAUUUCGAUUAAAUUGUUAAGAAGUUCAUAUGUGUUAUGUAUAUAUCUUUCUUUCAAAUAUACAAACAUUAAGAUUAAAA